AUGCCAACAGCAACCGCAACACCCUCCCGCCACAGCCGCUACUCCACCACCGACACCACCACCUACGACGACGACAAUGACAUCCCCACCCUCGACCAGCAACUACCCCCCUACGAACCUCCCCUCGCACCCCUCACAGCAAAUUCACAACAUGCUCUCGCGAACCUCGCCCAGUCGCACAAGCUCAAAGUCCUCCAAACUCACAUCACACAUGCGGUCGAGAAACUGGGUGACUCGGCGGCGCAGGUUAAUGAGCGGUUGACUGAUGCGAGGGAGCGGUAUACGCGGUAUAUGGCAAGGAAGCGAUCGAGAAGCCAGUAUGAGAAUGAUGGCGGGGAGGAUGGAGAUGAGGAAGAUGAAGAAGUCCAGCGCAUAAAAAGAACAGAAGAACAGGUCCACGCUAUAACCGAGAAACUUGAGUCUGAAAUGCGCGGCAUCGUCGAUACAGAAGUUAAAGCCGGGAGCCUUAUUUCUAUCCUCGCGGACCUGGGUAAAGAAGCAGAAAUCGCGUCUACGACUACACAGCGCCAACAGUACCGUAACACGCGACGACGACGGAAUCCCAACCCAGAAGAUGACUCCGAAAACGAAGAAAACGAACAAGACGAAGACUACCAAGAAACCCAACAAUCCCAAUCCCAACAAGCCGUCGAACCACCCAGCCAAAAACUAACCCACCAACUAACAACCGAAACCACAAACUGGAAUACACUCUCCUUAACCCAACGCUACUCCACAAACAACACCUACAUCGGCUUCUACCGCAUGGUCCACGACGCCAAGCACCCAGGCGAUGACAUUCCCCCUCUCCCACACGCCUCAACAUGGUUCAGACAUCUUGAAGACCCAUCCAUAGCCGCAGCGCCCUCACAAUCCCAGAGACGGCACACACGCCGGCGUCAAUCUACACCUGCUGAGGAUGAUGAGGAGAUCGCUAUUGAAAGUGAACGCGUCUCGCUGAAGUGUCCGUUGACUUUGCUUACUUUCCAAGAACCGUUGACGUCGAGGAAGUGUCCACAUAGUUUUGAGAAGCAGGCGAUUUUGGAUAUGAUUGCGCAUAGUCCGAUGAUGGUGCCGGGUUCCGAUGGGGAUCGGAGAAAUCGGGUUCGUGCGGUCAAGUGUCCGGUUUGUUCGGUUGUGUUGACGCAGGAGGAUUUGAAAAGGGAUGCGGUCUUGGAGAGGAGAGUUCGGAGGAUGCAGAGACAGCAGGAGGAGGAUGAAGAUGAGGAUGAGGACGAGGAUCGAGGACAGGGCAAUCAGAGGAAGAGAAGCAGGGCUCAGCGAAAAUCCGGCAUUACGGUUGCUAGUGACGAUGAUGAAGAAGCGCAACCUGUCCGGGUCAAGCAAGAAAAGGCCAUGUCUCGCGCUCUUUAG